AUGAUGAAAAGUACCAGAAAUAGCCUCAUUUAUUUUAAUAAUUAUCUAAUUAUUAAUAGAAAGUAUAAAAACAAAAUAUUGUUAAAUAAAAUAUUCCAGAAUGAUAUACAUAUAACUAAAAUGAAAUUUAACUUUGUUCAGAAGAACAAAAAAAUUAAUAAAAAUAUUUACAAUAUGAACUGUAUAGAGUUAUAUAGAUAUACCUACUUAUUAGAAAAAAAGAAUAUCAAUAAUAUAAUCAUAUAUAAACAAAUUAAUAAAAGAGUUGAGAUGAUAUAUAAAUUUCUGAAUCCUUCUAAAAUUAUUUUAUUAGUUAAACUAUAUUUAGAAAAUAAUAAUUUUCAUAAUUAUAAAAAUACCUUUAUAUGUCUUUUACAACAAAUACUUAUAAAAUUAAAUGAAUUUAAUAUUGAAGAAAUAGUUAAAUUAUAUAAUAUUAUUAGUAAAGUAGAAAAUAAUCAAACCAUAGUUUAUUUAUUCAAAUAUAUUAAUAAUCAUCUUAUCCAUAAUUACACAUCUAUAGACAUUAAAUCAUUUGCUAUCAUAUUAAAUGCACAUGCUAAAUUAAAAAUUAAAGAUAUGAAAUUAAUAAAUAAAUUUUUAAAUAUUAUAAUUCAACAAAACUUAACAUUUGAUAUUUUAAAUUAUUCUAUCUAUUUUAAUACAUUCUAUAAACUCAAAAUAAUAAAUAAUCAAUAUGUUCAUACCAUAAUUAAUAAGUUUUUCAAUGAAAUAAAUAUAUGCCUAAAGCAAAAUAUACUAAAUCAAAUAAAUACAGAAAGUAAUAAAAAAAACGGUCUGUCAAAUAAUAAAGAACAUCAAAUUAUUCUGGACAAAUUUGCUAAUUAUAAGCCACAUCAUAUAUGUAAUAUUUUGUUGUAUCUUACGAUUUAUAAGGAUGUAUAUUUGAUGGGGGUACACAAAAAUAAGAUUAGUAAUAUGAAACGUGAUGAAAAAAUCAUACAAUAUGAUCAAAACGGCAUACAAUAUGAUGGGGACAGCAUGAAAUGUGAUGGGGACAACAUAAAAGGUGAUGGGGACAACAUAAAAGGUGAUGGGGACAGCAUAAAAGGUAAUGGGGACAGCAUAAAAGGUAAUGGGGACAACAUAAAAGGUGAUGGGGAAGACAUAAAAUGUGAUGAAAAAACCAUACAAUAUGAUCAAAACAUCAUACAAUAUGAUCAAAACACCAUACAAUAUGAUCAGAAGACCAUACAAUAUGAUCAGAACAAUACACAACAUUCUAUUUAUGAACAUAUAAAACUCCUGUAUCAAUUUAUCAUAAAAAAAAAAGAAGAAAUUCAUUGGGAAGAAAUUCUUAUGCUUUGUCAAAUUUUCAAAAUUUUAAAAAUUAAAAAUGAUAUACUUGUUGAUUAUAUUGAAAAAAAACUAUUACAACAUUUCCAACAAAAUGAUACACAACUAAUAAAUAAAAAUACAGAACUUAUAAAAAUAUUAUUUGAUAUGUGCACAUAUUAUAAUGAUAUAAAUAUAUAUAAACAUAGUAUAUCUUAUUUUCUUAAAAUGAAAAAUAAAAAAUAUAUAAUAGAUUUUUAUUCAGCCCUAUUAUUAUUAUAUACUUAUUCAGAAAUAAAUAUACUUGAUUAUGAUAUUAUAUCUUUAUUAGUUCAUAUAAUAAAGAAAAAAUAUAUGCAACAUUUUCAAGAAGAGCAUAUUUUUCUUCUAAUAAGAUCUAUAUAUAAAAUAUGUAUAAACAAUCAACAUUAUUUUGUAUAUACACAAAAUAAAGGAGAUGACUUAUUAAAUGAUCAUACUAUGGGUUACAAAUUAGAUAAUAAACAUAAUAUUGUAAAUAUGACAAGUGGUGAUAAUAAUAAUAUAUAUAAUGAUGACAAUAAUAAUAAUAUAUAUAAUGAUGACAAUAAUAAUAAUAUAUAUAAUGAUGACAAUAAUAAUAAUAUAUAUAAUGAUGACAAUAAUAAUAAUAUAUAUAAUGAUGACAAUAAUAAUAAUAUUUAUAAUAAUGUUUAUAAUAAUAAUGCUUUUAAUAAUUGUAAUUUAGAUCAAAAUACAGAUAAUACCAUUAAUAAAAUUAAUAAUUAUUAUGAACAAAAUGACUUAUCUCAUAUGUCUUCUAUACAUAUGUCAAAAAAUUUAAAUAAAAAUAAAAAAGAUGAAAACAUUUCAUUUGCUAAUUAUCAAUGUAAUAUAUAUCCUACCAAUAAAAAACAAAUACCUCAUGAUGCCUUUCUAAACACAUAUAAAAAAAAAAAGCUGUUCUAUAAAAUUAAAAAUUUGAAUGAUCAAAUCUUUACCAAAUUACAAACAGAUUUGUUAUCCAAAAAAAUAGAACUAUAUGAUAUGAACAUAUCUAUAAUGUGUAAAAUUCUAUAUUACUCUGUCUUUCUAAGAAAUUUUAUAUUUAUUAAUAAUGUAAUACAUUUGUUCAUAAAUUAUGAAAACGAAAAGUUGAGUUUUAAAAAUAUUUUAAAUAUAUUAUAUUCCUAUGUUCAUACGAAAAAAAAUUAUAUAUAUAACAAACAAAUAUUACAACAAAUAAAUGUUAUAAAUAUAAAUGAAGCUAAUAAAUAUAUAGAACAUGUUAUUAACAAAAAUGCUGAUAAUCAUUUGGAAAUAUUAUCAAAUUUUUAUUUUCUUAUAAAUAAUAAAAAAUAUGUUAAUCAAUUAAAAAAUAUGAUUUAUUAUAUGUUUCUUCAAUCGAAAAUAAAUAUAUAUAGUUUUAUUAAUAUGGAUAUAAUAAAAACGUUAGUCCAUUAUUCAUUUUUGAAUAUACACUUACUUAGUACUAUACUUAAUACGUUAUUAUCAAAGGAUUUAAAUGUCAUAAAUAUAAUACAAAAUGAAGAUAAUAAUAAUGAUGAAAAUGAAGAUAAUAAUAAUAAUAAUAAUAAUAUUUAUUCCUAUCGUGCAGAAGGUGAAUACCAAAAUGUACACACUUCUAAUAAUAUGCUCAACAAUCCAACUAACAUAUAUCUACAAAACAUUUCCACACACAAAGACAUCGAACUAUACAAUAAAAUCUUUACACACAUAAAUACACUCAUUUUGAAGUGUCACAAUAUUUAUGAUAUCACAAGAAUUUUUAACGCUUCAUUCAUUUUACUUAAUCAUAUUCAAAAAAUAACAGAGGAAAAUAAAUUCUAUCAAGAAUACCAACAAUUGAAAAUUCAUAUAUAUGAUACCUUGGAAAAAAUUGAAAAAAAUAUUUUACAAAAUUAUGUCUUAUAUAAUAAAGAAUUUAUCAUGCUUCUGUCAGCUAUAUGUAUAUAUAAUAAUAAUUAUAGUUAUAUACCAUUUUGUUUUUUCUACAAAUAUUUUGAACAUUUUGUUUUUCAACAGUCCUUAUCAUAUUGUAUUUUACUCAGUAACGAUGAAGAGUUAAAACAUUUUUCUAACUUAAUUUAUGAAUUAUCCAAAUGUAAUUUUAUAAACAAUAUUAUGAUUGAACGAAAAAAUACAAAAGUAGAAUUAAAAUAUCCCGAACAAAAUCAUAACACUAAUCGUCAACAUGAAAAUGAUUUAGAUAAAAAUAUUCCUAAUAAUAAUAUGUAUGAUCAUCAUUAUAUAGAACAAUUUUAUUAUUAUCAUAUUCAACAAAUAAUCAACAGCAUAGACAUUAAUACAAACGAACAAAAUGUUAUAUCUAAUAAGUAUCACAUGUUAGAAAAAAAAAAAAAACAAGAAAAUAUAAUUCAUACAAAUAUUAUAGAUAAACAAAAAAAAAACAAAAAAAAAACAAAAAAAAAUUUUGAUGAUGAUGAAGAGAAAAAACAUAUAUUUCAGUUAAAUAAUUUUGAAAUAAAUAAUAUUAUAAAUAUAUAUAAAGUAUUAAUAAAUAAUUAUGACAUAUUAAGUAAAUAUGAAAUUUUUAAUAAAAUUAAAGAUAUCUAUUUAUACUCUUCAAAAAUAAUCCAUGUUAUAUUAAAUAAUCUACCUUUAUACGAAUUAAACAAAUUAUGUUUAUUAAUUUUAAAAAAUAAAAUACCUAACACCUAUUUAUUUCAACAUAUUAUAAAGUAUAAUUCUGAGUAUAUCAAUCUAAAGGAUUAUAUGCUAGAUACAAAUUAUAUUAUUGAUAUAUUGAAUAUUUUUUUAAAUAUCAAAAAAUAUAAUAUUUUUAUAGAUAACAAUAUUGUAAUUAAUAUUAUUACGAAAAAUAUAAAUAUGAUGAAUACACCACAACAAAUUAAUAGCUUAUUAGAAUUAAUAUAUCUUAUGAAAAAUAUAAAUAUUGAUAAUAAUUUAAUAUUAGAAACAUCGAAAAAUAUAUAUUCAAAUUAUCUUUUAACAAAUACAAAUAUUAAUAUAGGGGAAAUUAUAUACUUUUUAUAUCUAUUAAAUCAUUUUAAUAAUUAUGAAUUACUAAAUUCUAUGUUUUGUAUUUUCUAUAAUUUAUGGUCUAAUCAUAUGAAAACAAUUACAAUUCGAAAAAAUAAAAAAUUACAAUUAAAUUCGAGCUUAAAUAAUACUUUUUAUAUAGCCAAAUAUAUAUACACAUUUGAGGAAAAGCAUAUAUUAAAUCUUACUAAUAAAAUAUCAUCAUAUUCAAAAAAACAUCACAAUUUAAAUGAUGAGUAUAUUCUAUAUAUAAAUGAAGAUAGUAAUAUUCCUUGUCACGAAAAUGGAGAUUUACAUAAUGCCUUUACUUCUAACGUAAACAAUCAAUAUAAUGAAAUAUAUCAAAAUAAACAAAAUGUAGAAAAUCACACAACAAAGGAUAAUAAUAAUAUAUUAUCGUAUGAAAAUAAUUAUAAUAAUAUAUUAUCCUACGAUCAUAAUAAUAAUCAAAAUUGUCAUCAUAUUAACAAACAAUUCAAUAUGUACAAUCUAAAUUAUAUAGAUACACAAAUAAGUAAAAAAAAUUAUAUACUUCAUAUGAAUGAUCAUACAUUUAUAAUAUUAUUUUUCAUAUUAGGUUUUCAGAAAAAUAAUGAUAAAUCUGAUAUCUUAUUGAAAAUAAUAAAUUUAUAUAAAUCAUGUUUUUCUAUUUUUAAAGAACAUAUUUAUAUAUGUAACAAAGAAAUAAUAAUUCAAUGUUUAUAUAUUUAUUUCAAUUCAGAAAUUAAUAAUUUAUUCAUAGCACACAAACAAAAAGAAUUAAAAAAUAAUCAAAUAAUUCACAAUAUUAAUGAUCAGAUAAUUUAUAUAUUAAAUAUAUUAAUAACAUUUAUUCAUAAUCUAGAUAUACAAACCGUUUUAAAAUUCUCAUUUAUUUAUAUACACUUUUUUAAUUCCAUCUCUAAGAAAACAUAUAAUGUUAAACACAACAUCAUACUACUUAUGAAGCAUAUUAAUAAUAAUAAAAAAUUAAUCGAAAAUAAUAAUAUCUUGUAUGAACAAAUAAAAAGUUAUGCAAACAUGUCACCUUAUUAA